GGCGGGCUUCCUGUUUGUGCCGCCGGCUCUCCCUGUCGCCCUGCCAGUCUCCGGGACUACUCAGGGCCCAGCCCCUGGAACCCGGGAAGGGGCCGGCGCACUUCCAGGCGGCUCCCAGGUGUUCACCAUGACCAAGACCUUAGAAGCGGCUCUUUUUCAGCACUUCUCACACCAGAAGCUAGAGAUCGCCUAUGCCAUCGAUAAGCCAUUUCCUUUCUUCGAAGGCCUCUGGGACAAAUCCUUCAUCAGCGAUAGGCAGUAUGGGGAAUCUAUGGAAGCCUGUAGAAACUUGGUCCCUAUCGCCAAAGUGGUACACAGCACCCUCACCCAGCUGGAGACGAGGUUUAGCGUGCCCCUGCUGAAGACGUUGUUCAGCCGCAUCAACCUGGUGGAGUACCCCAAACUCAACACGAUUUGCCAGAGCUUCCGAAACGGUUGUUCUGAGUCUCCAGGCCUGAUGCAUGUUCUUUCAUCAACCCCAAUGUUCACCACCUACGAAGAAUGGAACAGAGCCACAGAAGUUCCAGUCGACCUAGCAGGAGGGUGCUUCCUCCAGGCCCUGCCACUUCCCCCACCACCUCAGCUGUCCCCGCCGAGCCAGCAGCCUCAUGUAUCCAGAGACGGUGAGCCUAGUCGUUCUGCCCCUGCUGAGCAUCUUGGUGGACUCGUCCAGGAAGAAAGAGGCACUUCUGUGACCAAUGACAACUUAAUGUCCAAAGUAAGUGAGGAAGAAGACUCGCAGGAGAUGCCCAAUGGCUCUGGCACCGUGCAAGCUAACAUCGACUGGGGCCGACUUAGCUUAGAUCAGGUGGCUGCAAAGGGACCAUGCACCAGCCAACCAAGAACCUCAGUGAUAAGAGAAGAUUUUGCAGAACCAAAUGAUGCAGAAGAGCCCCAGGAGGCCUCCACCACAGCGUCAGGCAAGAAAGGGAAAAAAAGAAAACGAAGUACCUGGUCAACUCCAAAAAACAGACAUCAGAAGAGAAGCCUACCAAAAAGGGCAGCCUCACCUGAGCAAGGAACUCAAGAGAGACUCCAAGUGAUGCAUCAGGUGACUAGAAAAAAGAACAGCUCGACCUGGAAGUCAGAGGUGAUGACGAGAGCCCAAAAGGCAAGGGCCAGAUGUGCCCAAACGUCCAGAUCAGAGGAGAUCAGUAAUGACACUUCAGAAAUGAAUGAAAGAAAGAGGUCCCAGGAGACACCCUGGACACAACUGAAAGUCAACCAUGGGGCGGCCCUACCUGGGCGAAGAGUCCAAGAGAAGCUCCAAGCAGCGGAUCAGGUGACUCCAAGCAAGGGCAGCUUGACCUGGAACUCAAGGGCAAUGACGAAGGCCCAAAGGCCAAGACUGGUUAUGCCCAGAUCAAAAGAAAAACCUGCAGAUGACCCUGUGGAUUUCCAUGCCCUGGAACUUCCUGUGACCUGUGGUGAGGCAAAAGGGAUUUUGUAUAUGAAAAAGCUGCAGCAAGGAUCCUCAGAGAAGUGCAUUCAGAACAAGGAGGGAGUUUGGUUUACUCCAAAAGAAUUUGAAUUAGAAGGAAAAAAGAAGAACUCGAAAGACUGGAAGCGGAGUUUGCACUGUGGAGGGCAGACUGUGAGACAGCUGCUGGAGAAAGGACUUUUGUUCUGUCCUCAAGGAAAAAGUUUCCAGAAAGAGCGUCGGGGAUGCAGCGCCCUCGCUGACCACAGAAUGCCUGGACGUGUACUGCAGCGGCGGGUGCUCGGACCCUGUGGGCGCCCUGUGCGUACCCCCGAGUGAGUCUGCUGAGUGCUCAGAGAAGGGUGUCAUCCGUGUGGUCUGCCGUACCGUGCUCUGGAGAACGUCGGGGAACACUCAAACCCUGUGGGGACACGUUUAAGAGAGAGAGUCUGAGGUGUGGGGACAUGCGCUGAGCAAACACCACA